GAUGUUGAAAGAAGUGAAACUAGUGAAAACAGUGAUUGGAUAGGUCCUAUGCCGGAUGAAGCAGUGAAACCAAAGAAAAGAAAGGGUCACCUAGUUUGACAAGCACAAAACUUUGAAGAUUUUGUCUUUGAGGACGACUGGUCCUGUGUAGUAAAAAUUAUCUAAAUUCUGUGACCUGUCAACAUCUGCGUGGUCUCUUCCUUGUCCGACAAACUCACGAGUUUUAGAAUUUGAGCAGCUCUAUCUGGAGAACCUACCUAAUGCUGAGUACUAUGAGAAGAGUUACAUGCAUCGAGAUGUCCUUACCCAUGUCGCUGUCACCAAGACUGAUUUUAUCAUUACUGCCAGUCGGGAUGGUCACUUGAAGUUCUGGAAGAAGAUGGAUGAACAUGGCAUAGAGUUCGUGAAACACUUCAGGAGCCAUCUUGGCAAUAUCCAAGAUCUUGCUGUGAGCACGAAUGGAGAGUUCUGUUGCACAAUUUCAGAUGACAAGACAGCUAAAGUGUUUGAUAUUGUUAAUUUUGAUAUGAUUAACAUGUUGAAGCUGGGUUAUGUCCCGUUGUGCUGUGGUUGGAUAUUUGCCGCUGGAGAUGCCAUAGCAGCACUGGCAGUAUCAGAGAAGGAAAGCAAUGCUAUUCAUGUUUAUGAUGGUAAAGGAAAUGCUACUCCGCUACACACACUGGAAAAGUUACACCACAAACCAGUAACAAUGAUAAAGUAUAACCCUGUGUUUGAGGUAGCUGUUUCUGUAGACAGUGGUGGCAUGAUAGAGUACUGGACUGGGCCAAACACAGAUUACCAGUUUCCAACGAGAGUUCAGUGGUCAUAUAAAAUGGACACCGAUCUUUAUGAAUUUGUCAAGUGCAAGACCAUUCCAAUAAGUAUUGCUUUUUCUCCAAAUGGAAAAUUUAUGGCAACUUUGGCAACAGACAGGAAGGUUAGAAUUUUCAAGUUUUUAACAGGAAAACUGAACAAAGUGUUGGAUGAAUCUCUCAAACAGUUUACACAAUUACAGCAGAACAAACAACAGUUACCUAAUAUGGAGUUUGGACGGCGACUGGCUCUGGAGAGAGAUUUUGAGAAGUCUGACAGUUUUUCACUCUGCAAUAUAGUUUUUGAUGAAACUGGCAAUUUUCUUCUUUAUGCCACAAUGCUGGGUAUCAAAGUUUUAAACCUGUACACAAAUCGGCUAGUCCGUAUUCUAGGAAAACCUGAAAACUGUCGUUUUGUUCAUCUGGCCCUCUUCCAAAGAAAAAGCACCAAGCCAUCAGUGGAUGUAGAAAUGGUUGCCGCUAACAACCCCAUUCUACAGACUGUCAUCUUGGAUCCAACCUUGUUCUGUUCAGCUUUCAAGAAGAACCGAUUUUACAUGUUUACUCGCCGUGAGCCAGAUGACACCAAGAGCACGGACACUGAAAGAGAUGUUUUCAACGAGAAGCCGUCUAAGGAGGAGGUAGUGGCUGCCACACAGGAUGCAGCUUACACUCGUGUCUCUGAUGCUUGUGUUAUUCACACCACACUGGGAGACAUGCACUGCAAACUCUUUCCUAAAGAGUGCCCAAAGACUGUGGAGAACUUCUGCGUGCAUGGAAGGAAUGGUUACUUUAAUGGGCACAUAUUUCACAGAGUUAUCAAAGGCUUCAUGUUGCAGACGGGAGAUCCACUUGGCAAUGGGACUGGUGGAGAGUCUAUCUGGGGCGGAGAGUUUGAAGACGAGUUACAUCCCUCUUUGCGACACGACCGCCCAUACACACUCAGUAUGGCCAACGCAGGACCAAACACAAACGGAUCACAGUUUUUUAUUACUGUUGUUCCUACACCAUGGUUGGACAACAAGCACACAGUGUUUGGACGUGUCGUGAAAGGUAUGGAGGUGUGUCAGUCAAUCAGUAAUGUGAAGAUCAAUCCUAAAACAGACAAGCCUCACGAUGACAUCAGAAUUAUCAACGUCACAAUCAAAUAGUCUAUAGUCUUGAAGACCAGAGAGUUGCACCAAUUAAAUAAAAUGUCUACACAGAUUGCCAGUACUAUAUACAUGUUCAUGGAAAUUGGUUUCCUCUGCAAUUCCUCUGUGAAUGAAGAUGGUGUCAGACCACUGGUGUGUUAAGAAGGCCAAAUGCUUGUAAACAAUUUGACUGGUACCAUUGUUUUGUAUCAUAUUACAAAAACCAGUCUACCGAGCAAGCAACUAUGUAUGCUUGCCCUCCUGAACAGGCCACAUAUGCAUUCCUGGUCAACAUCAAUUUGGUUAUAGUGUGAAAGAUGGAUGUUUGUGUAAAAGAACAACUAAAAAAACAAAAAACACAUGCAUUUUCAUUUUAAAAUGAUUAUUGUUACCUAUGUCAUUGAUUCAGAUGUGACUAAUGCGCAAGGCUCAACCAGUCUCAUAAGCAUACGAGACGGGGGCAGGGGGGACAACUGCCCCUCUUAUGCUGGGGCAAAAUUUCAAAUUCAGGCAAAAAUUACAUAGAUAUUCCGGCAAAAUGUGCUAGCCUGAGACCUUAUUACCAUGUAUUUUCAUCAUUCCGCCCUCAAAAUUGGUUGUAAUCCAUGUACAAAUGUUUAGUCAUUAGUUUGGAAUCUUAUAUAACUGGUAGUAAUGCUAAUAUAAAUAAAUGUAGUACAGGCCCUACAUUUCCCUACUUUUUUGUUAGGCUCCUACUUUUUCCUACUUUUUCUUGAAAAAGCCCUACUAUCCCUACUUUUUUGUGAAAAUAGUUUGGGAAAUAAUAGAAAAGUUUUAAUUAAAUGCAUUGAUUGAACUAAUCUAAAUCUUGAUUUUAAUAAGAAGCGGUUUCUAGUAUUGUUGUAGAAUAAGUUUGUUGCGGUAGGUCUCCAGUGCUGCAAGAUGGGUUCAAUGAUGAGAAUGUCUGGUGUAUGUUGACAAGUCAGAGGCACCCACUUUAGGUUUAUCUUCUUAUUCUGUUGCUGAAUCCCUCUUGAAGCACUGGUUUCUAAGCUAAGAUACACUACAUGUACAUCAGAAUUGGUGAAAAGGUCACUAGUCAUUUAUUUGUAUAAAAAAGGUAAGGAAAGAGCCCUACUAUCCCUACUUUUUGCUCUUAAAAUCCCUACUUUUUCCUUCUUUUUUGUUAUUGGUCACGUGAAAGCCUGUAUCCAGAUCCAGCCAGCCCCCCUACAAAAAUGGGAACCUAUAUGCUUAUGACCUGUCCAUUGCCAAAUUAGCCAAUUAAUCUUGUCUCUUGUGGCUAUUUGUGCCACACACCUGCCAUUCCCCAUCAGCUUUUAGUCUGACCACUUUGGGGAGUGUUCAGUAGUUACUUCUGACAUUGUUAAGAAGCACUUGUAACCACAUACUAUGCACCCCUACUACCGGCGGUCAUUAGUUAGUGCCGUGGGUCAGACCAGCUUUAUUAGCGGCAGAGGACGAGGAUGCCAGGUGGCUACAACAUUUAGUCUUUGGCUAAUACAUUUUUGUUUAAAUUAACCCUUUUUUUAUCAUUUUCAAAGAAAUACUCUUCAUGUCUUAAAAUUGGCUAAAACCAAAUUUGUUGCAGUGCGACCCUUGAAAUAGUUAGAUAUAAGGUGACCCCAGUGGUCAUAAACAAACAGGUUACUCACAAAUGAUAACGUGUCACUUUCUAUGCUUUUUAAACUGUCUGUAGUGGCAAGUAAAACCUUGAAGUUCCCUGAUCAAAAAUAAUUAGUUGGAAGACAUUAUUGAUGAAAAACAUUUUUACUUUUUCAUUUUAAACCAGGAACUGUUGACAAGCAAUAUUGUUGUUUAGUCAUCUGCUCCGAUGGUUCCCCUCAUUUUACCAUUUUAACGGAUAAUAAGAGAUGUUAUAUUAUGCGACAAUAGUUCAUCUGGUUAAAUCUCGACUGUAGGACUCAAUUCUUGCAUCCGAGUGAAUUGUCAUUUUAUCAUGACAAGGAACUGAACGGACAGUAUGACAAAUUCAAAAACAAAAACGAUUCAAUGACUUUAAUCCCUCCCAAUAAACAAUGAGGUAUCCAGUAAUGUAUUCUAAUGACAGUUAAAGCACAGCCUAAAUCUCUCAUCCAAUAGGAGCUUUUUAUUUAGUCAUGUGGAGUACAUUUAUAUCCUGAUAAAGUAUUCCAGACAGUCAACUUUAUAAAAAGCAUGCUGCAUGUGCAGUCAUAACUAUUUGUUUAUUGCAUUUCAUAAAAGAGCAAACAAUUGGGUUCACCUACUUUUAUUGGAAAUAAAGGGGUUUUUUAGCAGA